AUGCUAAUCCAAGUCUCUUUUCUACUCGCGGCAGCCACCCUGCUGUGUGCUGGACGUGUGCCGAGAACGGAAAAGCGCAUUAUUGGCGGAGAGGAUACACCCAUUGAGAAUGAACCUUGGGUGGUGGCUCUCCUCGUGAAUGGUAAACAUAUUUGCGGUGGUUCCAUCUACACGAAAGAUUUUAUUAUAACUGCUGCCCAUUGUGUUAAUACGAUAAAUCGUGAGGAGCUGCAAGUUCGAGCGGGCUCAUCAAACCAAAAUCAUGGCGGAACAGUCCACAAUGUGGCAGCGAUUAAAUAUCACACUGGAUCUCCCGGUUUUUCAUUGGUGAAGAACGACAUUGCAGUCUUACGAUUAAGUGAACCACUCAUAUUUAAUGAUCGAGUGCAGAGUAUCCCCUUGGCGGAAGAAGAGCCCGAGGCUAGGAGCGUGGCAAGGUCUACCGGUUGGGGUUGCAAGGAUUCUGAAAUUCUUUUCCCUGAAAUCCUUCAGAGCGUUGAGACUCCUAUCUUAAGCAAAGAAAAGUGUCAGACGUAUCGCCAAAUGGUGGGACUAAGAGAAGAUAUCAUUUGUGCCGGAGCAUGUCGAAAAUCGGUCUGUUCGGGCGAUUCUGGCGGCCCAUUGACGCUUGAUAAUAAACUUGUGGGAGUCACGGUAUUUGGUAUAAAAAAUAGGGUGGGCUUCUAUUCAAAUGUUGUGUAUUUCAAGGAUUGGAUUCAAGAUGCAAUUGAAUCGCUUUCAUGAAUGUAUUUGAAAAUGUUUAAAUUUAAAAUAAAUUAUAAAGAG